AUGAACCAACACGAGCUCCAGACCGUCCGACAGCCUCUCGUAAAAGAUGAGAGGGAUGUCUUCUUGGACACCGAUACCCCUCCCAGCGAUGGCUUCCACACCGAGUCUCUUCGAGAUGUGCCCCAACGAAUGCUUUCCACGGCCCUUGCGCACGUUCGACCGGCGUCCCUCUACAAGCUCAGUAAACGAUUUGCCUACUGCUUCGCCCCUCAAUUGGCACGGUCUCGAUACUGGAACGACCAGCCUCCCAAACUCAAGCAAUUUCCCACCAGCUAUCUCAAUGGCCUACGAGGCAUUACCUCGAUCAAGGUCUUUACCUUCCACUUCAUCAUGGCAUUCAGUGACAUUGGCUUCCAGCCCUGGGGGACCAACGAUCGCCACCGGUACCUGCUCGAGCUCCCCAUCAUCCGAUAUUUCUAUUCCGGCUUCACCGCCCAUGUCUUCUUCGGCAUUGCUGGAUACCUGACCUCGUUGCGGUUGUUCCAACUUCUCGAUAAACGCGAUCAAACAUCGCAGUCGAAGGUCUUGUUGAACGUCUCGGGGGCCCUCUUCCGUCGAGCGUUCCGACUCUACCUCCCCGUCCUCAUCAUCACUCUCAUCACGGCUCACUACAUCCAUUUCGGCUUUUACGAAGGGAAUCGCGUCUACAUCACGGACCACGAAAAGCUCUUCCCCGGCGACUGGAACGAACCUAAACCCGAAAUGUUUCCGACCUACUAUCGACAGCUCAGCUACUGGGCGCGCGAAAUGUUCGACCUCACCAAUAUCUUUACCCCAGGCGCCGUGUAUCCCUACCACGACCAGCAUUUGUGGUCCAUUCUGGCCGAGCUGAAGGGUUCAAUCUUCCUCUACAUGAUUUUGAUGGGCACCGCACAAUGCCAGAAAUACAUCCGGCUGGCGGGCCUGUGCAUCAUGACAUUCAUGUUCUUCCUGUGGAACCACUGGGAGAUAUGGGUCUACAUUAUCGGCGCGGUGGUGGCACAAAUUGACCUGCUGCUCACCGAACGCGAACAGGAACAGAAAUUGACAUUAGUCCCCACUCGACUACCUCCGUCGCCACCUCACUCCCCGAAACCAGACUACAAGCCACCUCCCUCGUGGUCCGAUUACGUCUCAACUCCCCCCAAGGGAUGGCUGCGCGGCUUGCGCGUCUUCGGGUUCUUACUGGCCUUCUAUUUUCUAUCGUAUCCGAUCGACGGCUCUAGAGACUACGCCCCCGGGUACAUGACCCUGAACAAGUUGAUUCCGGAAUGGAUGGACCGCAAGGACAAGUUCUAUCCAAACAUCGGCACGGGCAUGUUGCUGCUCCUGCUCGCACGCGCCAACCCGGACGCGUCCAUCUGGCGACGCCUACUCAACAGCAGCCUGGCGCAAUACCUGGGCAAAAUCAGUUUUGGCCUCUACUUGGUGCACGGGCCCAUCCUGCACGCGGUGGGGUACAUGAUCCCCCACCGAGUCUGGUGGUCGAUGGGCGUGCAGGGGAUUGAGACGACUGAUCUGGUGUGGACGGUUGUCAUGCUCAUUGGAUGGGCAAUCAGCCUGGCACUGUCCCUGUGGGCGGCUGACGUCUGGACGAGGGAGGUCGAGAGCCGCUGCGUCAAGGCCGUCAAGAAACUGGAAGAGGCAUGCUUUGUCAAAGCCUAA